AGUAUCUGGAGGGAGAUUACUGAUUUCCUAUAAAACGCGACUGGAGCGUGGCUGCGCCACCAUUGCCUGGCCGACGGAAGCACUAAGUCUUGCCCUGCACGCUGACGACGGCAAUGAAGAUCGUGCUCUUGCUUGCGCUGGUGGCAGCGCUGUGCUACGGAUCUCUUCCGAAAUGCGCGGAAAACGAUAAACAGAGGAAAGAUUUGUCUAAUCAUAUAAAAAGCGUGAGAUGCAAGGGCCCCAAAGAGUCCUUUGUUCAACUGAAGGUUCCUGAUGGCUUUGACUAUGUGAAGCCCAACGUGGUCAAGAUCCCGCAGUGCACAGGUCUCUUCUGCUCGGAAUACCCGAUGAAGUGCCUGCCAACGAACUCCAGAACGAAGACCCAGAAAGUGGAAGCCUUUAAGAGAGGAGCAGAUCACCUGGCCAUCUGUACAUCAGUCGAGGUAGAGGAACAUUUGAAGUGCGCCUGUGACUGUAAAAAUACUACCUGCAAACAGAACGAGAAAUUUAAUAACGAAAUUUGCGCGUGUGAAUGUGACCCAGAGUAUAAACGUCAGUGCCAGGAAAGGAUUGCUGCUGGCCACAGAGUGCAGUGGUCAAAGAGUUCUUGCGCGUGCCUGUGUAGCCACCCUAUUGACUGUGACGACAGCAUGGAAUGGAACCACUUGUUCUGCAAAUGUGUUCCCAGCAAAAGACUCGUAUUAGACUCACUCAGUAAUGAAUUGUUCUAAAGUCUGAAUAAAUUGUUCUGAGACACAUCAGACUAUAAUGGAGGAAGAGGAAGAGGAGGAAGAGGGGCAGUACUGCAAAGCACAACAAUGAUAAUCUUAAGGACAUAGCCUCUGUUAAUUGACGAGAAAACUGUCUUCUCUAAUUCUUAUCUUGCACCUGUCAAGUUUGCUGCACGAGGUAAUGCUCGGGCGCUUCUCAGUUUUAAGCAUAACAUUGUCGACUCUGCUAAGAACACGUGAAUGUUCCCCGAGGUGAAAGAGAUAAAGGAGAAAGAGAAACGUGUCAAAUGGCGUUGAACGUGGCAUCGCUGUAAUGAACGCCUUGGCACCAAUGUAUCUGUUCCUCCUUUGCUCACCAGGUAGCAGGAGUUACUCUAUAAUAAACUCAAGAUCAGGAGCA